UGCCUGGGUGAAUGAAUCCAGGUAGAGGUUUCCAAAAUCAGGCGUGUGACGUGGUUAGGGCGGGGGAGGAGGAAAGAGGGAAAGAAGAAGAGGAGGCGGUGUACAGAGAAUGCCAGAAUGCUGGGACCUGUGGCAGCUGCACUUUAGAAGAAGACAUUUCUUUAGCCCCACGCCUAGAAAAGAGGCGGCGGGGUGUAGUGGAAAAAAAAUGCGGAGUUUGGACAAACAAGUCCCUUGGGGCUCAAGUUUCCUCGCUAAUUUGUAGUGGGCCUAAACAGGACUUAAUUUCCCACAAUUCAUAGGGACAAGAGACCUUCGCUCAUUGGAAGUCUCUGGACUACAUAUCCCAGAGGACUGUGCGUGAUCUCCGGUAAAGGUCUUUGAUUAAUGGAAUUUGAAUCGUAAAGCGGGAAGUUUAAAACUACCACAGCCUUUCAAGAAGGACCCAUGGUUAAAGGGAGGAGCCGGGUUUGCUGCUCUUCCCCAGUCCCAGACCACCGGAAACAGCUUGAAUUGAUAUGGUUAGUCCGCUUCUGAAGUCGCUGGUCUGACUUUAUCGCCCCGCCUCCCUCCCCCUCACGCAAUAUAAACUCCAGUGGCUCCAUUCACCUCCAAGAGCAAAUACAAAAUGUUUUGAUUGGCGUUCAAAACCCUUUUUAACCUAGCCCCGCCCUACCUUUCCAGUCUUCUUACUCUUAUUAUCCCGGACAUGUACUCUUCGAUUCAGCAACACUGUUCUUUGCUCUAGCACGAGCAAGACACUCCAUAUUUCUUGGCUCCGAGUGCUUUUUCUCUGGCUGUAACCCAUGCUUGGAACGCUGUUACAUCAUGUCGGGCAGUAAUGUUGUCGAUAUGUACAUUUUGGAAAUCCGUAUUGAGGACUAGUAAUAGUGUCUGAAAUGAGGGUUUGAGCCAAGAGCUGAAUAGUCGAUUGUCCCUAAAACAGAACAUCAUUUCAGGAGGAUCGAAACUACAAAAUGAAGUUACUGAACAAGAUGAUCUCUGAGCUGACAGCUCUUGAGAGGAGUAGGGACCCGGGACAGGGAUGUCUCUUCUUCUAGAAGCUAGAGGGGGUGGGGUAGAAAUGCUAGACUCCGCCCAUUAGCUCCUUGAGAAGGGAGGGUGAAUUCUACCUCACAGUUGCUCCUACCCUUUAAGAGAGGCGCAUGCGCACUCUUGACCCCCGAAGGCUCAGGAAGUCAGUUUCCUCUUCCCAGAUCUUGGAAAAGGCACCAAUAUCCACCUAGGAUAGACUGGUGGGAAGAGCUAAGAUCACCUGGAGGAACCCAUAUCUGGUAGAACUUGGGAUUUGUGCCCUUUUCAGAUGGCUAUACCACAGAAUAUAAAUGAAACUUCAGAUUUAUUACCCCAGAGCAAUGGCUGUGAACAACAGUCAAGACAUCCUAUUGGGCUGGGAAUAUUGGAUUUUGUGUAUUGCCAGGAAGAACUGAUAGUGAAAGGGAUACAAUGGCAAAUUAGUGAAUCGGGUAUCUUGUGUCCCCCUUUGCUGUCUCGUUUUGAUUGUACCCUCCAGUCAUCUUGGAAGCAACGGAUGGAACAAGGAUUUUUUCGUUACUGCCUUGGGGAGCUGCAAACCCAGAUCCUACCUGGCCCUCUGGGUUUUGUGGCUCAGCUGAAUGUGGAGCGGGGUGUACAGAGAAGACGCCCUCAGAACAUCCAGAGUGUGAGACAGGCAUUUGACCCUCAGCAGUUCAAUUUCAGUAAGAUCAAACCAGGAGAAAUCCUCUUCCGCUUACGCAGAGAUCCAGGCUUUCCGAUGGCUCUCCAGUGCACUGAAGUCCUGGUAAUUAUCAAUGUCAGUCCUUUGGAAUGGGGACAUGUGCUGUUUGUGCCAGAGCUCACCCAGGGGCUACCACAAAUCCUCCUGCCAGACCCAUUACAGUUUGGAAUAGAGGCUGUUAUGCUUAGUACUCAUCCUGGCUUCCGGGUGGGCUUCAACAGCCUAGGUGGCUUGGCUUCUGUGAACCACUUACAUCUGCAUGGUUACUAUCUGGCCCACAAACUGCCAGUAGAGACAGCUUCAAGCCAGCCACUAGAUCCAAAUGGUUAUAUCUAUCUACUAGAAGGACUCCCAGCCCCUGGUUUUCUAUUUUAUGUGGAUGAGCCAGGACCAAAGUUGAAGGCACUGGUGGAUAGGGUCUGCCAGGUCACCAACUAUCUCACUGACCAGGAGAUUGCACAUAAUUUAUUUGUGACACGGGGGGCCCCGCCUGGAAACCCACCAUCCUCAUUGGCCUACGUUGGUGUCCGGGUCAUCCUCUGGGCCCGGAAGUCCAGCUUUGGAGUUAAGGAAGGGGAGGCUUUCAAUGUAGCACUCUGUGAGCUGGCAGGACAUUUGCCAGUUAAAACAUCCCAGGAUUUUCACAGCUUGACAGAAGCUUCAGCUCUGAAUCUCAUUCAGCAGUCUCUCCUGCCUCCAUCUCAGUUUUUACAACUUCAGGAAGCACUGGUGUCCCUCAUGGCAUAACAUAGUAGGUUCUUUCCCUGGGUGAUAUUUAUCUCUUAAUGUAUCUUAUUCCUCCUUAGUGUUCAAAAAACCUUCAGUAAUCCCUAUUGUUUUUGGGCAUAUAAAAACUCUUAGAGGUCUGGCAUUUGCUUCCAACCUACUUUUCUAUACUUAUUUCAUAUUAAUUCCCUACACAUCUUCUCCAUGUCAGCCAAACUGGACUGCUAGUCAGCUAGUGCUGAGCUCAGUGUUCCCCAAUCUUACAGUUCCACAUAUCCCUCAAUGCUUGGAAUGCUCUCCCUGUUCAUUACUCACAAUCUUUGCUUUUCCGCAGUUUUAAAGUACUGUUUCUCCUAUGAAUCCUUUACAGAUCUAUUCCCAAUCCAAAGUUUUGUGUUCUCUCCUUAUUAUCUUGUACUUUUAUUUGUGUACAUGAAUGUAAGUUCCAUGAAGACAGAAAUUAGCCUUUAUUAUAGUAUCCUACAUACAUAGACGGAUUUAAUAAAUGUUUUUUGAAUUAUGUUAUAUCAA